CCACGUCCACCACAAAGAAUGGGCGGGCACGCCCCCAGCCUAAUCCCCACGCGGGCGGGUAGAUAACGGCCGCGGCACGGGAAGGGCGGGCGAGAGAGGGGCCGGAGAGCACAGAGCAGAAGUCCAAGAAGCGCGGAGCAGGUGAGGGGACGCAUGGCGGAGGAAGGGGAGGAGGCGGUGCCGCCGGCCGCGGUGGUGGGGGACGACGACGCGGGGGAGGCGGCGGAGCAGCAGGACUUCGGGCUGCCCGGGGAGCUGAUGGCGGUGCUGCCGUCGGACCCGUACGCGCAGCUGGACGUGGCGCGCAGGAUCACCUCCAUCGCGCUGUCGUGCCGCCUCGGCCGCCUCGAGGCCGAGGUGGCGCGCCUGCGCGCGCAGCUCGCCGAGCGCGACGCCGAGGCCGAGGACCUCCGUGAGCGCGUCGAGCAGCUCGACGCCUCGCUUGCCGUCGCCACCGGCCGCCUCCGCCGCGUCGAGGAGGAGAAGGAGACGCUGGUGCGCGAGAACUCUUCACUGUCCAACACUGUCAGGAAGCUGAACAGAGACGUCGCCAAGUUGGAAGUUUUCAAGAAGACACUUAUGCAGUCACUCCAGGAAGAUGAUGGCAGUGAUAAUACUGCUCCCAGUGCAAGAGUUGCUGCAAGUCCGAAUUUCUCCUCUGCGCCAUCAGAUGAAGAUUCUGCACUUCCAACUUCCAAAUCGUCACAGUUCUCAGAAACUGCAAGUUCAGUUUCAGAGGAAAGUAGCAAAGUUGAUCCAGAUGCACCUAGGCCACCGCGUCCGCAUGUCUUUUUGCCGUCAUACAACAACACACCAAGGAUGACGCCGCCAGGCUCACCUCCAAGGGGUGGUUAUGCGUCGGUAUCACCGCCAAGGCGACAUUCGAUCUCCGUUACAUCAAUGAAUAUGUUUAAUGACAGGCCCUCAAGCUAUUCUGGUCACUAUAGCUCUCCAUUUGACGCAGCAAGUCAAACAGGGCGGACGAGAGUUGAUGGCAAAGAAUUCUUUCGUCAGGUCAGAAACCGCUUGUCUUAUGAGCAAUUUGGUGCAUUCCUGGCUAAUGUGAAGGAACUGAAUGCACAGAGGCAGACCAGAGAGGAUACAUUAAGAAAGGCAGAUGAGAUCUUUGGUCCAGAAAACAAGGACCUGUACACCAUCUUUGAGAGUCUAAUUACUCGUAAUGUUCAAUAGAUUCCUCGAGGCUAAACAUUUCCCAUGACUACUUGCGACCCAUGUUCUACCGGUAUAUUGUGAUUAUGAUGUUGGUCGUUUUUUGUAUUUGAAGUCUGUAGUCCAUUGAAGGUUCUUGGUAUAUAGUUUCCUCAUUUUUUUUUUGCUUAUGCCCAUAUAGUCAUGGGUUGUCUGUAAGCUACAAUUUAUACACUUCAAUACAAAUGGAGAAAAUAUUGGAAUAAAAGGAAAUGUGUUAUAGGUGUGUUA